CCCGGUUUCCCACUUCCUUUCCUCUGUCGAGAGACUCGAAUCCCUAACCUCCCUCCUCGGCUCCUCGGCUCCUCCCUCAAUCCUGCCAAGUGUUCACGCCUCAGCCUCACGCCGACGUUGACGAGACCAGACCAGACCUCGACGCCGACGAGAGACGAGAAUUGAAAGCCAAUCCUCUUCCAAUCCUUCAUCUGUUCCUCGACACCGACGAGAGACGAGAGACCAGUCCUAUUGCAAUCCUUCCGCUGUUCCCCGAACCCUUAUCCUCCCUCGACGCUGACGACGACUCCUUGUUCAGAGCUGAACGUCGUCUCCCUCAGUUCUCGGUCCUCACUCUGUCUCAGCCUCGACGGCAAGCAGGGCAAGAGUGGGAGAUGUCACAGAAAUUCUCACCAGCUCUUCGCAUUGGAGAUCUCAAUGAUUUCAUUGCGCCAUCCCAAGCAUGCAUAGUCUCUCUGAAGGGAUUAAAGUCUAACACUACGAAGCCUGACAAGGUUGAGGUUUCAACUGCCAAAAAGCAAUCACAACCAGAACCUGUUAAGAUUUCUCUCAAGGACUGUUUAGCAUGCAGUGGGUGUGUGACAUCGGCGGAGACUGUGAUGCUAGAGAAACAGAGUUUGGAUGAGUUCCUCUCCAAUAUCAAUAAAGGAAAGGCUGUAAUUGUGUCUCUCUCUCCCCAGUCAAGGGCUUCACUUGCGGUUCAUUUUGGCAUUUCUCCACUACAGGUUUUCAAAAGGCUGACAAGAUUUUUUAAAUCCUUGGGAGUGAAGGCAAUUUUUGAUACAAGUUGCAGUAGAGACCUAACGCUUAUUGAGUCUUGUAAUGAGUUCAUCUCAAGGUAUAAACAGAACCAAUUAAUCGAUGAUGGGAGUUCUAAGUUGGGCCUACCGAUGAUUGCAUCAGCUUGCCCAGGUUGGAUAUGCUAUGCUGAAAAGCAACUUGGAUCAUUUGUUCUACCUUAUAUUUCAACUGUGAAGAGUCCUCAGCAAACAGCUGGAGCUAUCAUAAAGCACCAUGCAUGCCAAGAUAUGGGAUUUAGGCCUGAGGAAGUUUACCAUGUUACUGUAAUGCCCUGUUAUGAUAAAAAGCUGGAGGCUGCUAGGGAUGACUUUGUCUUUGACCUGGAGUCCCAUGAAAAUGGAGACCAGAGCGAGUUUAAUAGAAUUCCAGAGGUAGAUUCAGUAUUGACAACUGGAGAGGUUUUGGAAUUAAUUCAGCUAAAAGAAGUUGAUUUCAGAAGUUUGGAAGAGUCCCCUCUGGAUACACUGCUGACUAAUGUUAAUGAAGAAGGAGAUCUUUAUGGGGUCUGUGGAAGCUCGGGGGGUUAUGCAGAAACAGUUUUCCGAUAUGCAGCAAAAACACUAUUUGGGAGACAAAUUGAUGGUCCCCUAAACUUCAAAAAUAUUAGGAAUUCAGAUUUCCAGGAAGUUGCUCUGGAGGUGGAGGGAAAAACAGUGUUGAAAUUUGCUCUAUGUUAUGGUUUCCGAAACCUGCAAAAUAUUGUUAGAAAGGUUAAGAGUGGGAAAUGUGAUUACCAUUUCUUGGAGAUCAUGGCAUGCCCUUCAGGUUGCUUGAAUGGUGGAGGUCAGAUCAAACCUAAGCCAGGUCAAUCUCUGAAAGAGUUGAGUCAAUUAUUGGAAGCUGCAUACAUGGAAAAUGUUUUGGUAGCAGAUCCCUUUAACAAUAGUAUUGUGAGAAGUUUAUAUGACAAGUGGCUUGAGCAGCCUGGGUCUGAAAAAGCUAGGAAACACAUGCACACAGAAUAUCAUCCUGUUGAGAAAAGCAUUACUUCUCAGUUGAACUGGUGAGAAGAUUCAGCUUAGAAGAUGUUCGUGACCUUCAUUCGCUUUCUGGUGUGGCGUUAAAAGUUUUUUAUAUUCAUUAUUCUCAAGGCACAGAUAGUACAGAAGGAAAGAAACGAAAAACUACACAGGCAGGAGAGGUCGAGCAAAGUGAAGGAUAAGGAUGAUGAAAACGAAACAUCCUGAAGCAGCAUUACCAAGACUUUUAAAGGGUAUAUAUGGAUUGAGGAAAGAAGGGAUAGGGUUGACUUAUAUCCAAACUAUCUAUUCCUUCAAGUCAUUUUUUUCUCAAUCCAAAUAUACCCUCUUUUGAAACCUGUUUAGCUAAAGGUCAUUUGCAACAAUAAAAGCUAAACAGAGUAUACAUGGAUCUUUCAGGUUUGUAAAUAAAUAUGAACUUAGUCCAUGUUGUGGAUUGCAGGCUUUUAACGCUCUGGAUUUAUGCUCUUUAUUGUAAUCGCGCCUCUUGAUCAUUGGGCUUUCAACUCGAAAUUACUAUCGAAUUACAGAGUUGAUAGAUUAUUCAUAUGGUUUUUGACCAGUUUGAGUGAUCUUGUGCAGUAUAAUUCAUUGUCAAAUUUAAAA